GUCCUAACAGCACCCUCAAAGCUCUUUGCCAUGUCAGGCUACAUUUGGUUUGAAGGCAUACCUUUUCCUACUGUACAUAUUCAAAAAGAAAUACUUGAAGAAAUCCGUCAUAAGUUUGUCAUCAGAGAUAAAGAUACAAUCAUAGUGGCUUACCCCAAAUCAGGAACUAACUGGAUGAUUGAGACUGUCUGCUUGAUUCAGACCAAGGGGAAUCCAGAGUGGGUCCAAUCUAUACCUAGCUGGGACCGCUCAUUCUGGGUAGAAACUGUAUCAGGAUAUCAAAAAUUAAUCAACAAGGAAGGACCACAUCUGAUCAGCUCUCACCUUCCCUUCCAUCUUUUCCCCAAGUCUUUCUUCAGUUCCAAAGCCAAGAUGAUAUAUAUCAUGAGAAAUCCCAGAGAUGUUCUUGUGUCUGGUUAUUUUUUCUGGCGUGCGGCAAAAUUUGUCAAGAAUCCAGAGUCACUGACAACUUAUUUUGAUUGGUUCCUCAAAGGAAAUGUGCCAUAUGGGUCAUGGUUUGAGCACAUCCGUGGCUGGCUGUCCAUGAGAGAAAGUGAAAACGUCCUCCUGCUGAGCUAUGAAGACAUGAAAAAGGAAACAAGAAGAAUGGUAGAGAAGAUCUGUGACUUCCUAGGAAAGAAAUUGGAGCCAGAUGAGCUGGAUAUGGUCCUCAAGUACAGCUCCUUCCAAGCCAUGAAAGAAAAUAAAAUGUCCAAUUUUAGACUUAUGCCAAAAGAAUCUGUUACUCAUGAUUUUGUUCUCAUGAGAAAAGGCGUAACUGGGGACUGGAAGAAUCACUUUACAGUAGCGCAAGCUGAAGCCUUCGAUAAAGUAUUCCAGGAGAAAAUGGCUGGGUUUCCUCCAGAGCUUUUCCCAUGGCAAUAACCGCUUAAGACUUCAUGUGUGGACAGCUAGGUGUAAUUUCAGGUUUAUUUUUCCGUACAUGUGAAUGACUGCAUGAGGUCAUAGAAUAAAUCUUGUUAUUGAUUUGUG